AUGACUCUUACUUACGACCCAGAAUACCACAAGGCCACGGCCGAGUUCUUCGCGGCCAGUUCAGGCCCUCAACCGGCGGUACACGAUGUCGCAGCUCGAAGAAAGAACAUCACUGCUGCGUACGAAGCCAUGUUUGAGAAGCUGCCUCUAGUAACCGACGUCGAGCACAGCGUAUAUGAGGUGAAAUCAUAUGAUGGACACACUAUCAAAGUGCAUCGAUUCUCCAAAAAGUCCUCGACACCUGCCACAGCCGGACCAGCGAUCCUACAUGCCCACGGAGGCGGGACAAUCCAGGGUGAUGUGGCCCUGUUUGUGAAGCCUCUUUCAAUCCAAGUCCAUCAAACGGGGGUGCAAGUUUUUUCAGUGGACUACCGCCUGGCACCGGAGAACACUCAUCCUACACCGGUGGAGGAUUGCUAUGCUGGAUUGACUUGGCUAUACGAACACGCGGAUGAAUUUGCAGUCGACCGUAGUCGCAUUGCCACGAUGGGCGAGAGCGCCGGGGGGCUCCUUGCUGCAGGGAUCACUCUCAUGGCCCGCGACCGGGGACUGAACCCCCGGAUUGCGAAGCAAAUCCUGAUUUACCCCAUGCUGGACGACCGCAACACCACUCCCAAUCCUGCACUGGAGCCGUUUGCGUUGUGGAACUGCACGGACAACAUCACCGCCUGGACUGCACUGCUGGGGGAUGCCAUCGGGAAGGAUCACGCCUCGCAGUAUGCUGCGCCUGCACGCGCGGUGUCUGUGCAAGGCUUGCCGACUACAUAUAUCGAUGUCGGUGAGCUGGAUAUCUUCCGGGACGAAGAUAUUGCGUAUGCGGCCAGGAUCGCAGCCGCCAACAUCAGUGUGGAACUCCACGUAUACCCGGGCUUACCUCACGCCUUUGAGGUCUAUGCGCCGGAUAUUGAUGCGACAAGGCGAGCAACGGCCGACCGGCUCAGGGCCAUUCGGACGUUGUAA